AUGAGACGCAUCAAAUUGUUAACAGCUUCCGGCCGAUUUCCGGCAGAACCCCAUUCUCUUACUUAUACAUACUUUUUUCUCUAUAUUUUUUCUAGCUCGCCACCUCAAAAUGAUUUCUUUUUUAAUAACUUUUUCGGAGGGUUAGAGCCAACAACCAACGAUUUCGGCGGUAUUGGCAUGGCUAGACCACCACACAUGAAUCGUGGUCCAAAAAUGUCACCAGAGUCCUCCAAUAAUUCGAGCAUCAGCUGCAGUUGGUGUGACGUGAAUGCUUCGAUUCGUUGCAUUGAGUGUAAUGAGUUUAUGUGCAAUGGCUGUUUGCGUGAUCACCGCAAUAGCCCCCUCUCCUCAAAUCACUCAAUUGUUUCGUUGCCCACACCAAUUGGCACUUCGCCCACCGGCGGCGUUUCUGCUGCUACCUUGAGCGCUCCGUCACCCAAUUACGUUUGUGAGUUACACAAUGAAAUGUUGCGCUAUGUUUGUGAUUCUUGCAAAAAGUUAGUUUGCCAAUGUUGCACCCUGCACGAACACAAGGAACAUAACUACGCUUCGAUACAAAGUUUCGUAGAUGAAGCUAAUGAUAAGAUUAAAUCGGCUCUUGAAAGUAGCCGUACUGGCACUAAGUGCAUUAAGAGUAGCAUUGAUAGAGCUUUGGCAUUUAUAAGACUCAUCGAACGUAAUUGUGCCGAAUUGAGUGAAAAUAUACGCAAAGCAUUUAGGCAAUUCUUAAUUGCCAUAGAGGAUCGCGAACGUUUCUUAUUGGAAUUCGUUGAAAAAUUGCGCCAACGCCGUUUAGCUAUACUAAACGAUCAAAUGGCCGGCUUGAAAUCGGCUCUCUCAGGGCUCGCCGAAACCUCCGAUAUGUUGCACAAGAUUUCGGAAAAUACUACACGCAUGGAUCAGAUUGACAUAGCAAUGAAGGUUUCAAAUGGACAACGUCAACUUGAACAAUUUGCAGCCAUAUACAAGGAUUUGCAGCCGAAACAGGAGGUAUUUGCAUUCCUUACACCAGACUACAACAUCUUGCAGGAGAUACGAAAUCAGGGCGCAGUUGUGCUUGUCGAUGAGCAUAAUAUACCAGUGGUGGGCGGUGGCGCCAUACUCAGCGGUUCAGUUAACGAUCUUGGCGCGGGAGCAGUUAUGCCCAUGCCUAGCGCCAGUUUGCCUGUUGCCGCUGCAGCGAUGCCUACUAACAUACGCCGUCCAUUCAUACGCGAGAACAGUUUCCGUAGCAUUCCUUCACCAUUGUUGCCCGUACGUGGCAGUAGCGCUUGUGGCAUUCAAAGCACAGGCCUGGAAUGGGAAUUGAGCGUUUUGCGUAGCUCACCGAAUUUGCAUUUUGGUGCACCGCGCAGCACGCAGGCCAUACCCGGUUGCACUGAACAUGUGAAGGCGCGCAAUUCCAAUACACCCUCGUUGUCGUUUGCCACCGAGGGUCACGAAGAUGGGCAAGUUAGCCGUCCGUGGGGCUUGUGCGUUGACAAAAUGGGUCAUGUAUUGAUCUCCGAUAGACGUAAUAAUCGCGUACAAGUUUUCAAUCCAGAUGGCACAUUGAAGUUCAAGUUCGGCCGCAAGGGUGUUGGCAAUGGAGAGUUCGAUUUGCCGGCUGGCAUUUGUGUAGAUAUAGACAAUCGCAUCAUCGUCGUUGAUAAGGACAACCAUCGCGUGCAAAUAUUCACUUCGACUGGCAUAUAUUUAUUGAAAUUCGGUAGCUAUGGCAAAGAGUAUGGGCAAUUCCAAUAUCCAUGGGAUGUGGCUGUUAAUUCACGUCGUCAAAUUGUUGUUACCGACUCACGCAAUCAUCGCAUACAGCAAUUCGAUUCGGAGGGCCGCUUUAUACGUCAAAUCGUAUUCGACACGCAUGGACCAAAUAAAGGAAUCGCUUCGCCACGCGGUGUUUGUUAUACACCAACUGGCAAUAUUAUAGUUUCGGACUUCGACAAUCACUGCUUGUAUUUAAUCGAUCCGGAUGUCAAUGAGAUCUUGUCGGCCAAAGGACACGAAGGUUCAGGAUUCCAAGAAUUUAACCGCCCUUCUGGUAUUUGCUGCGACGACGAUGGACGCAUUAUUGUUGCAGAUUCUAAGAAUCAACGCAUCAUUGUUUACAGUCCUAGCCUGGAAUAUCUAUGGAGCAUUGAAAUACGUCCAUCGAUAAACCCCUUAAUGCCGCCCAGUCUUGACGAAAAAGAUCGCACCUGCGAUGUUGCACUAAUGCCCGAUGGUCGAAUUGUGUUCCUAAUCGAAUUAUCACCAGAUUCCAAAGAAGGCUCCAAUCCUUAUAAAAGAUUUGUACACGUUUUCUAAUUAACUAGUUAAGAGUAUGUAACGCGUA